AUGCCUCUCCACGUUCCUCAUCCGAACAACCAAUGCCAAUGCAAGCAGCUCAUUCUCCAACUGUUUACUUACUUACAACUGAAGAAAACUGUGCCCUGUGCCUCGGCGCUUGCAGCGAAAACUGUAGCCACAAAAGUAAAGAACAGCUCGAAAAAAGCUAACGCAAAAUCAUUCUCACCCUUUUUUCAUGGAGAUUUAGUUAUAAAUUAUGUAGUUUCGAAUAAGAGUUUUAAAAGUUUUUUUAAUAAAUGUUUUCCUUUUCCAAUCCAGGUUGUAUCUGAUCAUCAGGGAAACUUGAGGAUAACAGUUAGGAAAACAAAGCCUCUUCUUGGAAUAGCAAUAGAAGGUGGAGCCAACACUAGACAUCCUCUUCCAAGAAUAAUCAAUAUUCAUGAGAAUGGAGCAGCAUUCGACGCAGGAGGCCUUGAAGUUGGACAGCUCAUAUUAGAAGUUGAUGGGAAUAAAGUAGAAGGUAUGCAACACCAAGAGGUAGCGAGACUGAUAGCUGAGUCGUUUGCAGCGAGGGACAGAACCGAGAUCGAGUUCCUUGUAGUUGAGGCAAAAAAAUCAAACCUUGAACCGAAACCUACAGCACUAAUAUUUCUAGAAGCGUAAUCAACUCGAAAAUAUUAGUUUCAUAAAACAAUAACCGUGUGUUAGAGUUUCUAAAAUGGCAAAAAUUAUUUUUUGAAGUUAUAUGAAAAGUGAUACCUAUCAAAAGAAUAAAAGUCAGCUCAUUGUAAUAAUAAAUUAUCAGUUGGGAGUUUCUUCAUAGAACACUAUGUUAUAGUUCACUUACAUCAAAUCGAAUUAAUUUUUUACUUGGAUAAUCAAUAUUUUUCAAUCUGACACCGUCAGAUAAUAAUGUCUAUAAUGGCAUCUAUAAUGUCUAUAAUGGCAUCUAUAAUGCCAUCAUAGCCAAUACAAGUAUUGCUUUGAGAGAAUACAAGAAGUGUAUUAUUUGAUUCAUUUCUGAAACCGUCAGCAAUCAUAAAGAUUAAUAAAUCACUAAUAUCUGUUCAGAUCAAACAAAUAUACAUUAAUUAGAAAUACUAAGAAAUUGUCAAAAACCACAGAUUUAUUGAUACUUAGAAAGACCGGUUUCGGUUGUUACACCAUUGUCAAUCUCUGUUAAGCUCUUUAGAGUUUACAGUCUUUAGAGAUUGACAAUGGUGUGGCAACCGAAACCGGUCUUUCUAAGUAUCAAUAAAUCUGUGGUUUUGACAAUUUCUUAGUAUUUCUAUUUAAUAUGAAUAAUUACCAUACUAUCAACUUCUCAACUACACAAAAAGCAAAUAAAAAUUGUUUUGUGGUAAUUAUCUCGUUGGAUAACUGGAGGAGAGCCUACCUUAUCCAUCUCAUGGAGGAAUAUAAACUUUUUUCAAUUUUCUCAUUUAAGCCUUGUGCACACCAUAGCCGCAAAGGUUAAAAAAUUUCUCACUCCCGUCACUGCCAUGCGAAUCACUGAGGUGUGUACAAGAAAAAUGAGUGGUAUAUACUCUUUGAGUGAAGAUAAUGACAAAUUUAUGACAAGGAGAAAAUUAAAGCAACCCUUUUUCAUUGAUCGAAAGGAAAUUCAAUGUUCAGGGUUAAUUUUGUUCAGUGGAUAUUCAAGCCGUUUUCCAUAAUAUAAAAUUAUAACUUGGUUUGAUUUUUAAGCAAUUUUGAACUCUGAUAGUGGAUAAAAUAAAAUAAUAGAAGAAUCAAGAAGAGAAUUGUCAGGUUUGAACUCGAUCAACUUCCACUAACCAAGUUUGAUAUAGCAUUUCAUCAAAGAAUCAAGUUAAACUAGUCGCCUCAGACUCAGAAGGUGUAUUAGGCUGAGAAAUUUGUAGUUAUAAUCUCCAACUCAAAAAAGAGGAAUUAUUGUAUUGUGUACUCAUUAUGAAACAGUCUUAUAUUGAGAAGCUAAAAUUGAAAUGUGUUACCACCCCUCAACAAAUUAUCAUUAUCACAAACAUAAAUUCAGCAGUUCCUUUUUGUACUUGGUGAAAGGACAUAAUUAAAACCAAGUGAUAUGUGUUCUUCUUUUUUCAUUUUUUUUAAAUACGAUCUAUGUACACUAGCAUUACCAAAUGUGUGCCAAACAACAUGUUAAAAUACAAAAAGAACUAUAUAAAUAUAUUUUUAUCCAAAAAUAUUAUAAUAAGAGAAUAAAAAGAUACAAUAGGCUAAUAAUUGUUCAAAUUGGAAAAUGGUACUGUUUGUAAUAGCACGCCUUACAAAGUUCUGCUCUUUCACUACAACAGUAUGUGAUCUCUGUUCAUUUAUAUGAUAAAUAUUGUAUUGUUAAAGCUUUAUGUACAGUGUUAUUGCAUAUCGACAUUCUUAGUUGAUAUCCAUUGUUUUCAAUGUUUUUACUCGUCGUCUGUAAAUUUUGUAAAAAUUCCAAUUAGUUUCGUUCACUCAUAAGUUAAGCAAGUAGUAAAAGUUAUUCAAGUGAUUAGGGAUAGGAAUUUGAGUGUUUUAGGGAUGUGUGAUUUUCGAAGAACAAUGAAUUAGAUAUGUUGAUGAUGAAGAAUGAAAUUUUCUGAGGAUUGCAGCAAACUGCUGCAGACAUAAAGACCGGUUGAAUUAUUUAUGUGAGGACAAAAAUUGAGCUGAAAAGUUAUCAUAUAUUAUUAUUGUUGUUCGAUUAUUAUGAUAUAUAUGACACUGUAAUGGCACAUGCUAGUAUAUGUGUCAAUAUAGAAAGACAAAGUGGAAGUUUUCUUCACAUAAGCACUGUGCCUUUGCCCCAAAAAUGACAUCUGACACACUUUUGGCCCAUUUGUCAUAAUUUUUAUGAGACACUAUAUCCACCAUCACAUUUAUGAAUAGGAUUCACCUCAUUCUUGUCUGUGUCAAGACCAGUUUGGACUUGAAGUUGAAUUUUCAUGUUUUUGCCAUAGCCUACCUGUUACCGUACGUACGGUGAUGUAAAAACGUUUCAAUACAUAUCAUAAAAUGCUAAAUUUCUAAUCAAGCCUGAAAAACUGUAGAUAAAUUUGAAAAAUGAGAAUUUCCUUGAAAAUAUUCUAAAGAUCUCACUACGGUACUAAACUGAAACCAAGUGAAUAUAUUCUGAAGCAGAAUUAUGAAUAUAUCAUUCCCCAAGCACUUUUAACACUCCAAUAAACGUCCGUUUCAGUCUUGAAUUUCUUCUUUUUUUAAAUUUCACUCACGAACAAGUUCUUGCCUCAGGUUAUCCUAAGAAUCUUUAGAAAAAAACAAAUCGAAAAUUUACAAGAUUUAAAAAAACUUCGUUAAUUUCAAGAUGAGCUUUAAAUCCCGUUGGGUGCUAGAAUACUGCUGAAUCUUUACCGCAUUUAGAUAUAAACUUGAAUUUUAAAAAACACUUUUGAAGUGAAAAUACACUUACUUUGUAAGUAAUACAACCCAAUACACUACUUACACUACUCAGACUGUCUGAUGAUGACCAACAACAGGUCGAAACGAUCGUCACUACAAAAGUAAGUGUAUUUUCACUUCAAAAGUGUUUUUUAAAAUUCAAGUUUAAUUUUAACAGUAAAAAAGUAUGGAUAUGAAACAGAGCAUUUAGAUAUUCUUAGCUUCAAGAUCUAUUCAUUUAUAACUAAAUUGUAUUAUUCUGUAAAGAAACAAGUGCAGUGAUUCACAAAUACAGUAUUUUUUUAAAACAAAAAACAUUGUUUUGAGGAUUCAGGCAACAGAAUAUAUUCACUUCGUCACUGAUUCACAGUGACCCUGUAACUCUCAGGAUUCAAUCUGAACUCUUCCAAAAAUAUUACAAACACAAUUUGUCUGUAAUCCGCUAUUCUCAGAUUGUUCCAUAUUAUACUAUAAUGCUGUAUUUUUUAACAAACGUUGAUAUAAAAAUGUAUAGUCAAUAGAUGAUUCUUAUAGUCUAAUACAGGUGAUAAGUAUCAUAAAAGUACCAGAAAUGCAUUUUUGUGGUGAUUUAGGUGAGCUUUUUAAUUUGGGAAUAUUUUAGUUAGCUGCCAUAUGAAAUGUGUAUUGUGCAUCCUUGAAAAGAAUAAUUUUGAUCAUCGAAAGUUCAAAUUCGAUUUUCUAUAAUCAUGAUUGAUGAUGAUUAACAAUAUGAAUAUCAAACGUGAGUUUCAGUAUAACAUGCAUUAAUUUAUGUUUUAUUAGGUACAUAAUAUCAAUUCCAUAUAAAAGUCAUGAAAAUUUCAAAUUCACCGAUUAUAUGGGUUUUGAUAAAAAACAUUUUCUUUGAAAAAUUCAAUGAUGCAAAAAGCCGACAAAUCUUGAAUGAGAACUGAAAUUAUGAUUACUACAGUAGGCAAUCAUCUCAUGAGAAUCAUCCUAGUGAACUUUUUAUGUUUACUAAUCAGACAUUUUUACAAAUUACAAACCAUAAACCUUAAUAAUUAAUUACGGUAUUCUGUUUUAGCUUACUCCAUCUUUCUCUCAUUAUAUAAUUUAACAAAAUCUAAAAUUUGUAAGCUUGUGGGCAUAAUGGCGUACGCAAUCGCCACUGUUUCAUCGCACUGUCAAAUGUUUUAUUGUUUUAAAUUAUUUGCAGUCACGAUACUCCAACACAACAUACGAUUUCCACGGUGAAUCAUUAAAAAUGUGUCAUUUGAAAUGGCACUUAACAAAUGGAAUUGUUUUUUCACAAAUUAAUAUAUUUUCUAUUAUUUCUCAGAUAGCCUAGUGUAGAAAAUGUAUGGUUUAUUCUUGGUUCAAAUCAUACAACGAACGGUCGAAGUGCAAUAUGUUAUAAAAUAUUAUACUAUGAAGUAAUGAGUAAUCUGCUUCUUGUUAAUCUCAAAAUGCAAAACUAAUAAAAAAACACUAAGAUUGACGUAGUAAGGACAGAGCUUUUGUUGUCAAAAGCACGUUCUAUAGCUGUGAUAUAUUAUUUUCAAUGAGAAUUGUAAAUGGAUGAAGUGUUAUCUAAUUUUAUUGGUACUACAAGUUUUCCUUCAUUGUAAAUAUCCAUAAAAUUAUAUUACCCAUUCCAUACUCCAUACAAGGAUUUUUCCUGGUACCGAAACCUAUUAACAAUGUUCUCAUUCCCAAUCAUUUAUACGGUAUGAAAAUAGGCUAAUGGAUAUACGAUAGUACAUGUAUGAACACGCUUCAAAUCGAAACCAGUAAAAAUAACCUAUUGUUUCCAAUAAUAAUUAAGAUAAACAGCUUUCUCGUCAAAUAAAAGAGAUACUAGUUCAAUGUGAUGAUAGUAAAAUUUGAGUAAAUGUUGGUAAAUAACGCUACGGUAUUGUAUAAUUUCUAUUCGUUCAUGUAAAUCAAGUACGGUAUCAAAUAUUUUUCUACAAAUUGAUUUAAAUGAGAAAAAUGACACGCCUUGUUACUGUGAUCAGAAUAUUUUAAGCUUGCUUCAAAUAUUUUUCCCCAGACAGAAUGAAGUGCACAUUUUGUAUUAAUAUGUUACUGUACAUGAAAGGUUCUAUUCAGGUACGGUGUAUGCUUUUUCAAUAAUACAAAAAAAUACAAUUGCAAGCCGAUAUUGAUUUGCUGGAUGACACUUUUUAUACUAAAUGUACAGAUAAUUUGUAAAUGUAAAAUAAAAUUAUAUGAAAGUGGAUAAAUGUCUGAGAAAAUAAUCAUUAAUCUGCCAGUAUUGAUCCAAUGAUCUGUAAUAAUACAACUAGGAUAAAUAUAAAAAGAUAAUUCGACUCCAAGUACAACAAUAGCAAACGCUGUCCCUUGUGAUAAGUGUUGUAAAUAUGGACGACCUGCCUUCAGCAUCAAUAUCCCUAUCCAAUGGAAAUGUGCACUGCAAAUUUAAUUGUUCAAAAAGCACUAAAAAAAAUGCUUGCAGUUUCUCAUGAGAAUCGCUCUAAGGUUGUUAUAUAGUUUCUAAAUUUAUAAUAGAAGGCCUAUUGUGCAAUAAAGUGUACCAUGUUUGUUUUCUAAA